AUGACUUCAGAUCUUCUUAGGACAAUCUUGAUUGUUUCAUUAAUUUCCAAAUUUGGCACAGCUGUAGAUGCAGGACUGAUGCCAUCUGGUGUGACUCUACAGAAUGAAAGAUAAAAUUUACCCAGAGUGUGCCAUGCAUGCACGGUUUUUCUGGGAAUGACAAGGUGCCAGGAUUUGUUUUUAGUUCACUUGCAGGGGUGGAAACUUGGAACUAGGUUCCAAGAUUAUCCCUGCAGUCCCCCACAACAAGAAGGCAAACACCCCAAAGGGAAGCACAGCCUUGCAAUUUGAAUGCACAUCCUUUUAAAGCAUUUCUCAGCAGCCCAACUUUUGCUUGUAUUGGCCAGAACUGUGUAACUGGCUACUACUAUCUGCAAGAUUGCUCAAGAAAUGUAAUUUUUGUAGCUUUCAACCAAAAUCUGAGUUUCCUUGGUAAGAGCAAUAAUGGUGGAUCUUCAGUGGACAACUAGUGGUCUAUGCCCUGGUUAUAAAAUAUAGUUGUACGGGAGCAUAAUAUUUGAAACAGAUCAAAAUGAUAGCUUUCUCACUGGCAAAACUCCAGCAACACUGCUCAGCUCCAAGUGAGCAGAGUGAAGACAUGGCAGAUUUUCUCAUGAAACACUCGUCAGCACUGACCUCUUUGCCAACAUACUUGCCUUGAGCUGGGAUUCUCUAGAGGAGGAGCCUGAAGACCCACAUAUUUUCUUGGUAGACAUGAUCCCUGUAUGGAGGUUGGGCGUAGGAUAAAGAAUGUUCUACUUUGCCACUUCCUCACAUGCACCAUUUAUCUCCUCCUUAAUUUUCCUGGCAGUUAGAUUUGGGUGGAAUCUAGAGUGUGUAUUUGAUCCCUGUAAAUGACCAUCCCUUUCAUAUGCAAAGAAAGACAACCUUACUUCCUUCUGUGACUCCACCACCAGUCUAGGAAUAUUCUGGGACAAGAAUUGUCUCUCCAAGCUGCUUCCACAAGCAGCCUACACCCUGGCUAACCAAAGGGAGAAGAAACACUUCCCACAUACAGGGCUGUCCAAAAGAACUUUCUGUGAUGAUAGAAAUGUUCUAUAUCUGCAGUGUCCAAUAUGGUAACAAGUAGUAAACACUUAAAAUGUGUCAAGUGUGACUGAGGAAGUAAAAUGUAGAUUUUAUUGAAUUUUAAUUAUUCUUGUUUUAAAUAGCUACAUAGGGCUAGUGGCUGUUGUAUUGAACAGUGAAGUCCACAUCUUUCUCUUUGUUGUGUUUUAGAACUAGUGGGAGAGAUGUGGGCCAGUCAUGUGCUGUGUCCCAUCACUGUUCUACUUUACCAUUGAACUUUUCUCCCAGAGGAAAAAGAACAAUGGUAUUUUGGAACUAAACACAAGAUGUUAACAUGACAUCUAUGCAUUGCACAUCUUCCUAUAAAAAAUGGAAUGGUCUCCUGGGAAUAGGUCUUGUGCCUGACUGUAGUGAUGCUUACUAAUUGAAAACAUGGCAGUGCUGGUCCACUAACCUUCUUAGUGGCUGUGUUCCUAGUCAGAGUGAUUCAGCAGAAGGUAUUUUGUUUUAAUCAUGCAAUUUAUUCUGUUACUUUAUUUUUGUAAUAUUAUGACUGCUAAAUGAUUAUUCUGUGGAAGUUUUUCAAAAUAUGCAACUGGUUUAUAUUUUUUAAAAAGACUAUGAAAUAAA